AUGGUGGAGGUGAAGGACUUCCGAGGCGCUGGAGAGCCGUCCUCCGCAGAAGCCGCAAAGAUCGAGGCCCAGCGGGCUGCGGAUGAGAAAGCACGCGCUGACGGCGCCGCCCGCGGCGCAGCGCAUCACUAUCGCCUCGGCGAGCUCUGCCCCACCGCUCAGCUCAACACCGGUCACAGGAUCCCUCUUGUGGGACUAGGCACCUGGAAGUCUCAGAAGGGCGAGGUGCAUGAUGCAGUGGUGGAGGCGCUGCGGGCAGGGUACCGCCACAUCGACGCCGCGGCGGUUUAUGGGAACGAGCAGGAGGUGCGCGUCGCCCCCUGCCUGCACGUGCGGCGGCCGCCCGUCAUGCGCCUGUCGAAACGCGUGUGGGUGGGCGAGGCGCUGUCCCAGGUGCUGUCCGAGGGCGUGAUCUCUCGGGACCAGAUCUUCGUGACGUCCAAGCUUUGGAACUCGGAUCACCACCGCGUGCGCGACGCCUGCCUCAAGACGCUCAGCGACCUCCAGGGCCUGAUCUGGGGUGUGACCUGGGUCCCGACCUGCAACAUCACCACCAAGGGGCCCCGGCCCCACUCAGGCCGCUCCGGCCCCGAGGUCUCGCCGCCGCUGUCCGAGACGUGGGCGGCCCUCGAGGCGCUGGUGUCUGAGGGCAAGGUGCGGUCCAUCGGCAUGUCGAACUUCAGCCCCAAAAAGGUGGAGGCCAUACUGGCGGGCGCCAAGAUCACGCCUGCGGUGCUGCAGGUGGAGGCCCACCCCUACUGGCGCAAUGACAAGCUCUUCAACUGGGCGUCAUCCAAGGGCAUCCACGUCACCGCUUACAGCCCCCUCGGGUCACCGGACAGCGCCGCCAUCAUGAAGCGCUCCGCGGACGCGCCCAGCCCCUUGAAGGACCCGGUCGUCCAGCGGGUGGCCGAGAAGCUUGGGUGCUCUCCCGCGCAGGUGCUGAUCCGCUGGGGGGUGCAGCGCGGCACCAGCGUGCUCCCAAAGAGCGUCAACUCGGAGCGCAUCCGUGCAAACCUGGACGCAGCGUCUCUGGUGAUCCAGCCAGAGGACUUCCAGGCGCUCAGCACCAUCGAGCCGCAGACGCGCAUGGUGCCGGGCACUUUCCUAGUCGACGCUCAGAACGGCCCCUACAAGAGCCUCUCGGAGCUCUGGGACGAGUGA